UCGCAAAAUAUGAAUUUUGAACCGAAAGAAUCGAAAAGAAUCAUCAUCAUUUUGAUUCGUGAAUUCAUAUCGUCGACAUAAUUCUCAUUCUGUUGAUCGAAAAUUCUGCAAAAAAAAAUGGAAUCAUUCGAUCCGCAGCAACAACCGUUGACCAUUAAUGAUGAUGUUGAAAUAGUAAUCGAUAAUGAUCAACAAUCCUUACAACAACAACGACAACAAUCAAUUCGUAGCCAUUCACAACAAUCAACAAUACUGAAAACUGGAUAUAAUCUACCAUCAACACCAAUUAUUCAACAACAACAACAACAAUCAGGAAUUAUAAAUCGUAAAUCAUUACAAAAACGACCAACACCACCAUUACCCGUAGAGCUGAUACGACCACCGAUUGUAAAUCAACAUUUAGAAGAAUUAAUUACAACAAGUAGUGGUGAAAGAUUCCGGCGAAAAACAAAAUCAAUAAAAUUCUGUCAAAUGAAAGAAUAAAAAAUUCUUAAAAUGAUGGCCGCC